GUUUAAUUAUAGAUCAACACAUCAUCUUGCAUCUCAUGGGUUCUAUGAAUUUUUAAAUUGGUUUGAUGAGAGAGCAUGGUAUCCACUAGGAAGAAUAGUAGGCGGUACUGUUUACCCAGGGUUGAUGAUAACAGCUGGCCUUAUCCAUUGGAUUUUAAAUACAUUGAACAUAACAGUUCAUAUUAGAGACGUAUGUGUGUUCCUUGCACCAACUUUUAGCGGCCUUACAUCUAUAUCUACUUUCCUGCUUACCAGAGAACUUUGGAACCAAGGAGCGGGACUUUUAGCUGCUUGUUUUAUUGCUAUUGUGCCGGGUUACAUUUCUCGGUCAGUAGCUGGGUCCUUUGAUAAUGAAGGCAUUGCUAUAUUUGCACUUCAGUUCACAUACUACUUAUGGGUAAAAUCUGUAAAAACUGGGUCAGUUUUUUGGACAAUGUGCUGCUGCUUGUCAUAUUUCUAUAUGGUCUCUGCUUGGGGUGGUUAUGUGUUUAUCAUCAACCUUAUUCCACUGCAUGUAUUUGUGCUGUUACUGAUGCAGAGAUAUAGCAAAAGAGUCUACAUAGCAUAUAGCACUUUCUACAUUGUGGGUUUAAUAUUAUCCAUGCAGAUACCCUUUGUGGGAUUCCAGCCAAUCAGGACAAGCGAACACAUGGCAGCUGCUGGUGUCUUUGCAUUGCUGCAAGCUUACGCCUUCUUGCAGUAUCUGAGAGACCGGUUAACAAAACAAGAGUUCCAGACCCUUUUCUUUUUGGGUGUAUCACUAGCUGCAGGUGCUGUGUUCCUUAGUGUCAUCUAUUUGACUUAUACAGGUUACAUUGCACCGUGGAGUGGCAGGUUUUACUCAUUAUGGGACACUGGGUAUGCAAAAAUACACAUUCCAAUUAUUGCAUCAGUGUCUGAACAUCAACCUACGACCUGGGUGUCUUUCUUCUUUGAUCUACAUAUUCUUGUGUGUACCUUCCCAGCAGGCCUAUGGUUCUGCAUUAAAAAUAUCAACGAUGAAAGAGUAUUUGUUGCUCUGUAUGCAAUCAGUGCUGUCUAUUUUGCCGGCGUAAUGGUGCGGCUGAUGUUGACUUUGACUCCGGUCGUCUGUAUGCUGUCUGCAAUUGCCUUCUCAAAUGUUUUUGAGCACUAUUUGGGGGAUGACAUGAAAAGGGAAAACCCACCUGUGGAAGACAGCAGUGAUGAGGAUGAUAAAAGAAACCCAGGAAAUUUGUAUGAUAAGGCAGGUAAAGUGAGGAAACAUGUAACUGAGCAGGAAAAAACUGAAGAGGGAUUAGGUCCUAAUAUAAAAAGCAUUGUCACCAUGUUGAUGCUGAUGCUAUUGAUGAUGUUUGCAGUCCACUGUACCUGGGUCACAAGCAAUGCCUACUCCAGUCCAAGUGUGGUCCUUGCCUCUUACAAUCAUGAUGGCACGAGGAAUAUCUUAGAUGAUUUUAGAGAAGCUUACUUUUGGCUAAGGCAAAAUACAGAUGAACAUGCCCGAGUGAUGUCUUGGUGGGAUUAUGGCUAUCAGAUAGCUGGAAUGGCUAAUAGAACUACUCUGGUGGAUAACAACACCUGGAAUAACAGCCACAUAGCACUGGUAGGAAAAGCUAUGUCUUCAAAUGAAUCAGCAGCCUACAAAAUCAUGAGGAGUCUGGAUGUAGAUUAUGUUUUGGUUAUUUUUGGUGGAGUUAUUGGCUAUUCUGGUGAUGACAUCAACAAGUUUCUUUGGAUGGUUAGGAUAGCUGAAGGGGAGCAUCCAAAGGACAUUCGGGAAAGUGACUAUUUCACCCCACAAGGAGAAUUCCGUGUAGACAAAGCAGGAUCGCCCACGCUAUUGAAUUGUCUUAUGUAUAAAAUGUCGUACUACAGAUUUGGAGAAAUGCAGCUGGAUUUCCGUACACCCCCAGGUUUUGAUCGAACACGUAAUGCUGAGAUUGGAAACAAGGACAUUAAAUUCAAACAUUUGGAGGAAGCGUUUACAUCAGAACAUUGGCUUGUGAGGAUAUAUAAAGUGAAAGCACCUGAUAACAGGGAGACGCUAGACCACAAACCUCGAGUCACCAACAUUUUCCCAAAACAGAAGUAUUUGUCAAAGAAGACUACAAAAAGGAAGCGUGGCUACAUUAAAAAUAAACUAGUUUUUAAGAAAGGCAAGAAGAUAUCUAAGAAGACUGUUUAAAUGCACUGUUCAGGUUCCUAACUUGAAGCAGUUGUCCUUGUGAGAACCGGUCUUUGCCUUUAGCUCAUGUCAUGUUUCACAACAGAGGGUACAGAACCAUCACUGGUCCAGAUUAAUGUACAGAAUUUUCUGGCAAUGCCUGAUUUAAAAAAUAAAAUUGGCUUAUUGAGAACAACUAUUUUCUAUUUAUAAUGUGAAGCAAGACAGAGCACUGCUGUAAAUGUCUAACAGCAGGUUUUUUUUAUUGGUACAUAUUAUCCUUCAAAUCUGAGAAUUUGGACUAAUUGCACCAAAGAACCCUCUAAUUUGGUCCCUGGCACAUGCAUACUUGUCAAUGUUCUUAUUUUUUACAAGACCUACAUUAUAUUUGAAUUACCCAAAUAGCAAUAUGUAAACUACAAAUGACAAAAUGUGAUGUGAUUUUCUUGAACCAGUAAACUAGUACAGGUCUGAGAAAGAGGUAUUAGAAAAGUAAUUAUACUUCUUGAACUAUAUUUAUUUUCAUGUUUCUCCAGUGCAAAGUGUUUCAUCAAAUGUACAUUUUCUGUUGCUUACUCUUUGCUCUAAGAAGCUGCUGUUUCAAAGAGGGGCCUCAGUAUUUACGCUGACUCGUCACCGCUGCCGCCGGCGGCCGUCUCCACCAGGUACUUGCAGAGCGGGUCCCCUGUGGCGUUCCUUCAAGGGCUAGAUUUCUGUCCCUCGCAAGCGCGACAGCUGCACGGGUGGCUUCUCACCAGGAGGGGUGGCGUCACUGAGAUGAGCAUUAUGUUUACAUGCAAACGAUUGAGGGGAGAAACCCUUAAAGUGGACAGGUAUCCAAAGUUCCUUUUCUGUGACUCUCAAAAUGACAAAGGAUUUAUAAACUUUGCCUGGAUUUCUCUCAUUUUCUGAUAGUUUCAUCCGUCACCAUAAUUUUAUCCUCUGUUCCAUGUUUGUUUUUUUUAAAUUCCUGAAGCAUUUGAUGAAACACUCUUUAAUGCUAUCUGCAUUUUCUUUUAUGAAAAAUGUGACAAUUGUCAAAAAAUGCACUAAAGUAUAAAUGGAGAUUGAACAUGUUCAUUUUCCAGCUUAUAGGCAACUUUAUAUAGACUUGAAAAUUUUCUCCAGUUGUUUAGUAAAAGUGAAAGAGAAAGGGUUUUUCCUGCCACAGGAUAUAACUUUUUUUUAUAUAAACAAGCAUAACUUACCACUGCUUUUGGUGGAAAAGUGCAGAAUAGUAUGUACCUUUUAUGAAGAAAAGUGUAAUUUACAAUAUUCAGUGAGAAUGUUACUGCUGAUUUUCUUUUCCAAAGUGUAGAAUAUACUUUGAUUUAUAGAAUUCAUUUUUGACCCAGAUGAUGGUUCUUUUACAGACCAAUAAAAUGGCUGAACAUUUUCACAAAUAAAGUGUAACUAAAUCCGGAUUUCUGAUACCUUGUCAUUUGGGGGAUUUUAUCUUACUUUGUUGCUUUAAGAUUCAAUGCAGAGAAGUUGUUGACUGUAGGGGAAAUAAAGUUAAUUCAAAUUUUGUGUUAA